AUGAGACUAUCCAAAAUGUGCCGCCUGAACGCGCUGAGCAUCUACUUGUGGGAGACGCUCGUGUUCUUCAGCCUGGCGGCGUCCAAAGAGGCGGCGGCUCGGAAAGCCGCCUCGCCCAUGCCGCCCUCCGAAUUCCUCGACAAGCUGAUGGGCAAAGUGUCGGGCUACGACGCCAGGAUCCGACCCAACUUUAAAGUGUGGAACAAAGACCCCAAAGGCUCCAAAAAUGAAGCUACUCACAAGAAAGGUCCGCCCGUCAACGUCACCUGCAACAUCUUCAUCAACAGUUUUGGCUCCAUUGCUGAGACCACAAUGGACUACCGGGUGAACAUCUUCUUGAGGCAGCAGUGGAACGACCCGCGUCUGGCGUACAAAGAGUACCCGGACGACUCCUUGGACCUGGACCCGUCUAUGUUGGACUCCAUCUGGAAGCCCGACUUGUUUUUCGCCAACGAGAAGGGGGCCAACUUCCACGAGGUCACCACCGAUAACAAGCUGCUACGCAUCUCCAAGAAUGGAAACGUGCUCUACAGCAUACGAAUAACGCUGGUUCUGGCUUGUCCCAUGGAUCUGAAGAACUUCCCCAUGGAUGUGCAAACUUGCAUCAUGCAGCUGGAGAGUUUCGGCUACACCAUGAACGACCUGAUCUUCGAGUGGGACGAGAAAGGCGCCGUGCAGGUGGCCGAUGGCUUGACGCUGCCUCAGUUCAUCCUCAAAGAGGAAAAAGACCUCCGAUACUGCACCAAACACUACAACACAGGCAAGUUCACGUGCAUCGAGGCCCGUUUCCACCUGGAACGUCAGAUGGGUUACUACCUGAUUCAGAUGUACAUCCCGUCCCUGCUCAUCGUCAUCCUGUCCUGGGUCUCCUUCUGGAUCAACAUGGACGCCGCCCCCGCCCGGGUGGGCCUGGGCAUCACCACCGUGCUCACCAUGACCACGCAGAGUUCCGGUUCCAGAGCCUCCCUACCCAAGGUGUCGUACGUGAAGGCCAUCGACAUCUGGAUGGCCGUGUGUCUACUGUUCGUCUUCUCGGCGCUGCUGGAGUACGCCGCCGUCAACUUCAUCGCCCGCCAGCACAAAGAACUCCUUCGCUUCCGCCGGCGGCGACGGCACAUGAAGAAACAGGAGGACGACGGCGGCGACGGGCGGUUCAGCUUUGCCGGCUCGGGUUACGGCGUGGGCCCGGCGUGCCUGCAGAAGGACGGCAUGGCGGCCAUCAAGGGCAACAACAACAACGCGGCUGCGGCGGCGGGCGGGGUUCCGGCGAGCGGCGGCCCGCCCGAGAAGAGCAUCGAGGAGAUGAAGAAACUCUUCAUCAGUCGCGCCAAACGCAUCGACACGGUGUCGCGCGUGGCCUUCCCCCUCGUCUUCCUCAUCUUCAACAUCUUCUACUGGAUCAUCUACAAGAUCAUCCGCAGCGAGGACAUACACAAACAAUAA